AAGCUUAGCUAUUCGAUUGUUUGAAAUGUACAGAUUUGGUGCUAUUUUAUUGCUAGUAGGGUCAAUCGGGACCAUUCCACUUAAACCCGAGUUCCUCCACCCUGACGCUGGCCUUGACAUUAUUGAGUUAGUCCAAAAAUAUGGAUACCCAAUUGAAUCCCAUCAAGUCCAAACUGAAGACGGUUACCUACUAACUCUUCAUCGUAUUCCCCGAGGGUUGAAUAACACCCUCGAAACCACACGACCCCCAGUUUUGCUCAUGCAUGGCCUUCUUAGCAGUUCAGUGGAUUGGGUAAAUAUGGGCCCUGGGACCGCUCUAGGGCUACUUUUGGCAGACAAUGGGUACGAUGUCUGGCUAGGUAACCAGAGGGGCAGUACAUGGUCCAGAAAACACCAAACGCUUGACCCAGACACCGACGCGGAAAAAUUCUUCAACUUCAGUUUUCACGAAAUUGGAUAUUUUGACAUACCAGCCAAAAUCGACUACAUUUUAGACACGACGGGUCAAGAGAAAAUUUUUUACGUUGGACACUCACAAGGUACUACAGUUUUCUUUGUAAUGGCAAGUGAAAGACCUGAAUAUAAUGCGAAAAUCAGGUUGAUGUCAGCCUUGGCCCCCAUUGCCUACAUGGGGCAUUUGCCGAAUCCUUUGAUAUUUCAAGUGGCCGAACAUUACGACGUUAUAAAUACACUUGUAGAAAUUUUACACAUACAUGAAUUUCUUCCACAUUAUGAUUUUAUUACCGAAUUAGGAGAAACUUUUUGUAGCAACAGCUCUGACUACAGGGAUGCUUGCUACUGGAUUCUGAAUAUUAUCGCGGGUUUUGAUUCGGAAGUGGACCCUGAUUUCAUUCCUGUCAUUACAUCAAACGCUCCUGCUGGUUCUUGCAUAAAGCAAUUUCUCCACUAUUUCCAAGAGAUUAAGUCUUCCAAUUUCUCACAGUAUGAUUACGGAGAAGACGAAAAUGACGCUCAUUAUGGUCAAAAAACACCCCCAUUAUAUGACACGUCAAAAAUUACGGCUCCUGUGAGUCUACAUUAUGCCAGCAAUGACUGGCUUGCUGCUCUUGAAGAUGUAGAAAGACUCAAGAACGAACUACCAAAUUUGGUCAAUGCUAAAUUGGUACCUUUUGACCAUUUUAACCACCUUGACUUCUUAUGGGCCAGACAUGUUGUUCCAUAUUUAAACAACGAUGUAAUCGAAGAAAUAAAAUCUAAUUAAAUUGUUGUCGUUUUUUAUUGGUUAUAUAAUAAGGAAACAGACAUGUAAAUAAUAAAUUUCCAGUAUGAAGGUCAAUAGGCCACAUUUUUGAUUUAUCUUAUCGUCUCCAGUCUUCUCCAU